AUGACAGACAAGGAGGUCGAGUCCAUCAGCCCCUAUGGCCCAGCUCGGUCAACGGUCAAGGGCGAGCCACUCUCUGAGGAGGAGAUCGAGAAGUACAAUGACUUCUGGAAGGCUAGCUUGUAUCUGUCUCUGGGUAUGAUCUACCUCAAGGAGAACCCCCUCCUCAAGGAGCCCCUCAAGAUUGAACACCUGAAGUUGAGGUUACUCGGCCACUUUGGAUCCGCUCCGGGUCAAAUCUUCACCUGGAUGCACUUCAACCGCCUCAUCAAAAAGUACGACCUCGACUCAAUCUUCAUCUCCGGCCCGGGUCACGGUGCCCCCGCCGUCCUAUCGCAGUCCUACCUCGAGGGUGUCUACUCCGAGGUCUACCCGGAGAAGUCGGAGGAUGAGGAGGGCAUGCAGAAGUUCUUCAAAUCCUUCUCCUUCCCCGGCGGCAUCGGCUCCCAUGCCACCCCGGAAACCCCGGGUUCCAUCCACGAGGGUGGAGAGCUCGGCUACUCAGUCUCCCACGCAUUCGGCGCCGUCUAUGACCACCCCGAUCUCAUCGCUCUGACCAUGGUCGGUGACGGUGAGGCCGAGACCGGUCCCCUAGCUACCGCCUGGCACAGCACCAAGUUUCUCAACCCCAUCGUCGACGGUGCCGUCUUGCCAGUUUUGCACCUCAACGGUUACAAGAUCAACAACCCCACCAUUCUGGCCAGAAUCUCACACAAAGAGCUCGAGAACCUGUUCCUCGGCUACGGCUGGCAACCGUACUUCGUCGAAGGCGACGAUGUCAACACCAUGCACCAGGCCAUGGCUGCCACUCUCGAGCACUGCGUCGUGGAGAUCCGCAAGUACCAGAAGCAGGCUCGUGAGUCCGGCAAGGCCUUCCGCCCCAUGUGGCCCCUGAUCGUUCUCCGCAGUCCCAAGGGCUGGACCGGCCCCCGCAAGAUUGACGAUAACUUCAUGGAGGGCUACUGGAGAGCUCACCAAGUCCCCAUCCCCAGCGUCGCCUCCAACCCGGAACACCUCAAGAUUUUGGAGAAGUGGAUGCGCAGCUACGAGCCCGAGCGCAUCUUCAAGGAUGGCAAGAUCUCCGAUGAGCUCAAGUCUCUGUGCCCAGUUGGCCAACGCCGCAUGAGUGCCAACCCCGUCGCUAACGGUGGUGUCUUGAGGAAGCCGCUCAAGCUUCCCGACUUCAAGAACUAUUCCAUCAAGGUCGACAAGGCCGGCGCGACCAACGCUGCUAGCAUGAACAACAUGGCUACAUACCUCAGGGACGUCAUUGCUCUCAACCAGAAUAGCUUCCGUCUGUUUGGCCCUGAUGAGACCGAGUCAAACAAGCUUGGCAAGGUCUACGAGGCCGGCCAGAAGGUCUGGAUGGGGGAGUACUUCGAAGAGGAUGCCAACGGCGGCAACCUUGCUCCCGAGGGUCGCGUGAUGGAGAUGCUUUCCGAGCACACUUGCGAGGGCUGGCUCGAGGGCUACAUCCUCACAGGCCGACACGGUCUGCUCAACAGCUACGAGCCUUUCAUUCACGUUAUCGACUCCAUGGUCAACCAGCACUGCAAAUGGAUCGAGAAGGCCCUCGAGGUUGAAUGGCGCAACAAGAUCGCCUCGCUCAACAUCCUCCUGACCGCCGUCGUCUGGCGCCAGGACCACAAUGGCUUCACCCACCAAGACCCUGGCUUCCUCGACGUCGUCGCCAACAAGAGCCCCGAGGUCGUCCGCAUCUACCUCCCGCCUGACGGAAACUGCCUCCUCUCCACCAUGGACCACUGCCUGGCCUCUUCCAACUACGUCAACGUCAUCGUCGCCGACAAGCAGGAGCACCUGCAGUACCUCUCCAUGGAGAAGGCCGUCGAGCACUGCACCAAGGGCAUCGGCAUCUGGCCCCAGUUCAGCACCGACCAGGGCGAGGAGCCCGACCUCGUCAUGGCCUCCUGCGGCGACAUCUCCACCCACGAGUCCCUCGCGGCCAUCGACCUCCUCCUCCAGCACUUCCCCGAGCUCAAGAUCCGCUGCGUCAACUGCGUCGACCUCUUCAAGCUCAUCUCCCACGAGGACCACCCCCACGGCCUCACAAACGCCGAGUGGGUCUCCCUCUUCACCGACGACAAGCCCGUCAUCUUCAACUUCCACUCCUACCCCUGGCUCGUCCACCGCCUCACCUACAAGCGCCCCGGCUCCAUCAACAUGCACGUCCGCGGCUACAAGGAGAAGGGCAACAUCGACACCCCGCUCGAGCUCGCCAUCCGCAACCAGACCGACCGCUUCUCCCUCGCCAUGGACGCCAUCGACCGCAUGCCCCUCCUCCACAACCGCGGCGCCUCCGCCCGCCAGGCCCUCCUCAACCAGCAGAUCGCCGCCCGCAACGAGGCCUUCGAGACGGGUAUGGACCCCCCCUUCCUCAAGAACUGGAUGUGGUCCCACAACGGCCUCUGGCAGAAGACCGUCUCCAAGAUUUCGAACUAG